GACAAGUAUGCCCCGAGCUAAAAACGAGUUUGACACCCCUGAUCUAGUGUGUGUGUGUGUAUGGGUGUAUGUGUACGUGUAUGUGUGUGUGUCGUCUCCGCACUUUGGCGACACCCAGUGGCGGAAAGCGGAACCGGCAGGUGUGCGUGCAUGGGCAGCCAGCAUCGCAUCACAGCGGCAGGCUGAAAAUGCACCGAUCGAACAUGUAACUUCCACGAUCCGGUCUUCUUCUCCCACACCUGCACUCUCUGCAUCCGUGGCGUGACCGCAGGGAAGGUGCAGCGAAGGAGGAGGGAGGGGUGGGGGAAAAAAAACAACAACAACAAAAAAACAAAACAACGACGCUUUCAGGUUGGUGCGGAUGUGCUCCUGCAGGCGCUCACAUGACGACGGGCCAUUUCUGGACCAUUCCCCACGCAAACCGCGCGGGGAAAUGACAAGAAGGACCUCCUUUGAUUCGCGCCUGUCGAGAUGUACCGCCUGAGGUAUCGAAGGUGAAACGACUUGGUCGCAUAGUGAUGCGGGUGUGGUUCUCCCAAGGAUGCAGACGGCUUCGGACACAGCUUGCAGGUCACAAUCCUCCAGGGUUAGUGAGAGGAAAUCAUGACUGGUUUCACGUCACCAGUUUUACCAAAGGGAAUUAUUAGAUGAAACACUGUGUGCACGGUUAUUAGGCAAGACAGAGCAUGUCAUCUGCAUCCGUUCACAGAAUCCUACGACCCCUUCUUCUUGCCACCUUCAUCCUGGGAUGCUUUGUGACUUUGUUUUUGAUGUAUUUUAAACCAUCCACCCGUUGGCUAUCGGGUCCCGUUGAGUCAACGGCGUCCACUGAGCGGGUCAAAGGCAUUUUCUACGCCAAGAGCGAUAAAAAUGUCACCACGGUGCUCAUCUGGCUCUGGCCCUUCGGACAGACCUACGACCUGAACGUGUGCGGCUCGCUCUUCAACAUGGAGGGCUGCUUCAUCACGGCUGACAGGAACCUCUACAACAAGUCGGACGGCGUCCUCAUCCAUCACCGGGACAUCUGCUCGGACUUGUCCAAUCUGCCGCCGCUGCAGCGUCCGUCUUUUCAAAAGUGGAUUUGGAUGAAUUUGGAGUCUCCGUCUCACUCUUCUCAGCUGUCCGGCAUUGAGAAUCUGUUCAACCUAACCCUCAACUACCGCCGGGAUGCCGACAUUGAAGUGCCUUACGGGUCCAUCGUGGCUGCCGAGGGCGAGGAAGACUUCGUCCCGCCCAGCAAAAACAAGCUGAUCUGCUGGAUCGUGAGCAACUGGAACCAAGAGCAUGUGCGGGUCAAGUACUACAACGAGCUAUACAAACACAUCGAGGUCCACGCGUACGGACAAGCCUUCGGGGAGUACAUCUCGGACCAGGACUACUUUCCCACCAUGGCCAGCUGUAAGUUCUACCUGGCUUUCGAGAACUCCAUCCACAAGGACUACAUCACAGAGAAACUCUACAACCCACUUUCCGUGGGGACGGUGCCCGUGGUGCUGGGCCCGUCGCGACAGAACUACGAGAACUUCGUCCAAGGGGACGCCUUCAUCCACGUGGACGACUUCUCGUCACCCAAGGAGCUGGCCGACUACCUGCUGCUCCUGGACAAAAACGAGGAUAUGUACCUCAGGUACUUUGAGUGGCGGCGGCACUUUAAAGUGAAAAAAGCGUCAUUCUGGGCCGAGCACACGUGCCUGGCUUGUGAUUACCUGCGCAGGCACAGGGAGUACAAGACGGUCAACAACCUGGAAAAGUGGUUCUGGGGCUGAGGCGGCUUUGCAGGACUAUUCAGUGUUUGUGUCGCUGACCUCAUUUUAGGUUUUUAGUCAUUACAUUUUUUAUCAUGAGCCAUUUUCGCCUAGCCUUGGUCUUUUUUUGCCUUCUGUGUUGCUGUAGUCCCUGCAAAGUUCAGACUGCAGGUCCGUACGGCGACGCCUAUGCGAGAUUUGUUUCUCCAGCCACAAGAUUCAGACUUUUCAGCAUAGAUAUUGCGAGUGUCAUUUUCAACUUCAUAGGCUGCUGCCCCUGUGACCCAACCCUGGAUAAACGAAAAAUAACAGAUGGAUGGCACUGUAUUUCAUGUUUGACAGGUGUAUGUCAGACCUGGGUAGGAGAUCCUUCUAGUCUGAGACUACUUUGCGGGUGGAGACAACAAGCUGUGACUUGAGUAUCUACAAGUUUAUAUAAUCAUUUCAAAUUUUCAAAUGCACGUUCUGUACAUAUUUUUUGACCAUCCUUCAUUUUGCUACUACUACAACGGCGUGUUUAAGUCUUGAGUGCUUAAAUGUAAGACAAAAGAUGUUUUUAUUUCCAUCUGAUGCUAACGUAGUGUCACUUUUUGUGUCCGACUGACAAAACUAACAAAAAAGGGACCCCAAUACAGUCUUUAUCCGAGUGAGAUGUCACAAUGGACACACGUGCUUGUGAUUGACGUCACCUAUGCAGUGUUGACUGAGCUCAAGUGUCAUGCGUCUGUACUGUAAGCGCACUUUUCCACGUCACACCGGUUUUGUUCUACACGUGUACAGUGGAGACACGCGAUCCGCAGCCAUGACAUU